UACAGGGUGUGGACAUUACAGAGACAUCUCCCGAUCAACUGGAAUAAUCACAUUUCUUAUUUAAUUUGACUUGAUAUUUGACUUCAUGUUAGUCAUAUAACGUGGUGGUUGUUCUAGUGACGCUUGCAUUAGAAGUUUUUUGUUUGUUUUGAAAAUCAAAGUAUACUAGGAUACUGAAAGAAGAUGACAGAUAGUUACCUGGAUAGUUACCUGUGCUGCCAUAUUUGUUCAGAGACUUUCAGAGAGCCUGUUUCUCUGGGCUGCCACCACAGCUUCUGUUCCAGCUGUCUGGACAAAUUCUGGGAUCAAGCCAAAAACAAGAAUUGUCCGGUAUGUAGGAGGAAGUGUUCCAAGGAUCAUCUAAAAGUUAACUUUCAGUUGAAGGAACUGUCUGAUAAAUAUGCUGGGAGACAGAAAGCAGGGGAGAAAGACAGUAUUCCAGGGGAGAAAGAAGGUAUUCCAGGGGAGAAAGACAGUAUUCCAGGGGAGAAAGACUGUAUUCCAGGGGAGAAAGACAGUAUUCCAGGGGAGAAAGACAGUAUUCCAGGGGAGAAAGACAGUAUUCCAGGGGAGAAAGACUGUAUUCCAGGGGAGAAAGACAGUAUUCCAGGGGAGAAAGACAGUAUUCCAGAUGAAGACAGAGCAGUGGUUUGUCCUAAACACACAGAUGAACCUAAAUGGUUCUGUGAGGUGGAGCAGAGAGCUGUGUGUCACGUCUGUGAGUUUCCUGCACAUCAUGGACACACAGUGGUUCCCUUAGAACAGGCAGUGAAAGACCUGAAGGACAAACUAACCUCAGACUUAGACUCACUGCAGAGCAAACAGGUUAAAUGUAAAGACAUAGAGGAGACAUACAACCAAAUGUUUCAAUACUCCAAGAAGCAGCUGGUGUCCACAGAGAGACAGAUCAGAGGGGAGUUUGAGAAGCUUCACCAGUUCCUGAGGGAGGAAGAGGAGGCCAGACUGGCAGCACUGAGGAAGGAAGAGGAGGAGAAGGGGAAGAUGAUUGCCAGAGAGAUGAAGCACAUUCAAGACCAGAUCUCUUCUCUCACAGAAAACAUCACUGCUGUGGAACAAGAACUCCAGAAACGAGACGUGCCAUUUCUCAAGAGCUACAAACACACACAGACAUUCUCCAGAGCCCAGGACACACUGCCGGAUCCACAGCUGGUCUCAGGAGCACUGAUAGAUGUGGCCAAACACCUGGGCAACCUGCAGUUCAGAGUCUGGGAGAAGAUGCAGGGGAUUGUCAAAUACACUCCUGUGAUUCUGGACCCCAACACUGCAAACAACUGUCUCUCUCUGUCUGAUGAUCUGACCAGUGUGAGUCAGACAGACCCAAUACAGCAGCUCCCUGACAACCCAGAGAGGAACACCAUUUACAUCACAGUUCUGAGCUCUGAGGGGUUCAGCUCAGGAAAAUACAGCUGGGAGGUGGAGGUGGGGGACCACCCUCAAUGGUAUAUAGGCGUGGCCAAGGAGUCAAUCAAAAGGCAGGAGAAAGUAAAAUAUUUUAACCCAGAGUUUGGAGUCUGGCUUUUAAUGCUGAGAAGUGGUAAGUAUCAAAUAAUAGGUAAAACCUUCACUCUGAAGAGGAGACCCCAGAGGAUCAGAGUACAGCUGGACUACGACAGGGGAGAGGUGUCCUUCUACGAUCCCAAAGACAUGACACACAUCUAUACUUUCAGAGAUACAUUUACUGAGAGACUCUACCCAUACUUUUUUAUUGGAAAGGUUGGUGAUGCUGACAACACUGGUAUACAGAUCUGCCAAUCAGAAGUGUCUCUUACAGUGAAGUCAUUCCAGUGAGAGAAUCAGAGUGAUGUCGUUAGGUUGUGACUCAUCUAUACCCAGAGAAUCAGAGUGAUGUCGUUAGGUUGUGACUCAUCUAUAC